AUGGCUACUGGUACCUCCUUAGAGCUGCCCGAAGAUGAUGGUGACAGUGGACCCGAGACCAUCACCUUACAAGUUCCAGAAGGAGCUGAAGCGGGAGAUGCUCUUUCCUUUGCUGUUGAUGGCGUUGAAAUUGAGAUACCAGUUCCCGAGGGAUCGAAACCUGGUGAUGUCCUCGAGAUCCAAGUUGGUAAACCUUCUGCCAAGGCAUGCGACAAACAAGAUGAUGACGACAAGAUAUCCAUACAAGUUGGUGAAAAAGAGCUCCAGUUUACGACAGUGUGUAAUACGAAGGCAAAGGCCACAGACGACAAUCAGAACACAAAAGGGUCUGUGGACGACGGUACCUACGCUCAUCCGUGGCCCUCGGGAAUGGCAAUGGCUAAAUUCUUGGGGACAGAAAAAGCCAAAACUUUGUUUCAAUCCUUAUUUGCUGCAAAGAAGGAUGGAGGCAAUAAUAAAAAAUCUGAAGGGUUGCGUGUUCUAGAGCUAGGAUCCGGCUUGGGAUUGGGGGGUCUGUCCUUUGCAGCUCACUACACCGAAUUGACAAAGGACAAGUCUUUGCUUCUACCACCCUUGAAAGAAACAAUUCUCUCUGAUGUGCCCGAUGGGAUUGCGCUCCUUCGGCAGAAUGUUGAACUCAAUGCCACACUUCUUCGCCCUCAUCUAAUCGAAGCAAAGCCUCUCCUUUGGACAGCAGAAGACGAGCAAACGGCAACGCAAAACACAUCUUCCAGCGGAUCCCAACAAGACAAGUUUGAUCUACUCUUGGCGUCAGAUUUGCUUUACAAUACCGAUACCAUACCUGUCCUAGUGUCAACCAUCAAAAGACACCUCGCAAGUUCGGACCAUUCUGCACUGCUGAUUGCUGUGCGAUGGAGAAAGCCACAAUUGGAGCGAGCUUUUUUUGAGGCAUUGGAAGGGUGGCAGGAAAACCAUUGGCACUUUAUCCAUACGCUGAACUGUCCCCUCGGCUGGGAAGACUUUGGAGAUCCCAAUUGUGAGGCAUCCAAUCGAUACUUUCAUCAAACCAUGGUGGCUGUACAAGGCAAGCCACAUUCGCUGGCGGGCAUUCUGGCCUCAGGAGAGGAGGGCGAUGCACAACCUUUGCAGGAUCAAAUGACUGACGACGAGGCAGAUGCCUUUGAGAACUGUCACAUUCAAAUCUAUUGCCUGAGUCGGGUGGGUCCAAGUACAUGUAGCCCAGACGCGGAAGGAGGCGGCAAAAGGUCGGUUGCUGAUUCUUCAGAUGGACCAGAGGAUCGCAAGCGGAUUCGAUCAUCGUGA